AUUGUAUUAACACAAAGGUAUAGAGAAGGCCGAGAUAUUGUAAUGUGAGGACGAAGAGUGGGCGCCAUUGGAGAAGCACAAGGACCCAAUUCUUACCUGUCAAAAGUCGUCCUCUUUACAUUUAAAGGGUCCCCAAUUUCCAACCACCCUUAUAAACCAAGCCCAUAGCCCAUACUUCUCUAACCUCGCGUGUUCUUCAUUACCACUCUCUCACGAGCAAAAUUGUGCAAUUCCCUUCUUGUAAUUUAUGUUUCUCUUGCAAAUCAUUCGGCAAAAUGAACUGAUACAUGGGUAAAGCCAGCAGAUGGUUACGUUCGCUUUUGGGCUCCAAGAAAUCUCCGUCGUCGGCAUCAUCGCCGGCGGCGAAAGAGACAAAGAGUAAGAAGUGGGGUCUUGGGAAAUCAUCUAAUGGUAGUGGGAGAAGCAUUGUCGGAGGUGCGGGAGCAGAGAUUGUUAAUUAUGGGAUUGAAGAGCCAACCGCGAGACCCUACGCUGAAGCGUUGGACGCGAACAAGCACGCGAUAGCGGUGGCAGCAGCCACUGCGGCGGUUGCGGAGGCUGCUUUAGCGGCGGCUCAAGCGGCGGCCGAAGUCGUUAGGCUGACAAGCGGUAGUAGGUCCGCAAAGGCUUAUGUCAGUAGCAGCACUGACCGCCGCCGUGAAUGGGCUGCCGUUAAAAUUCAGUCUGAAUUUCGAGCUUACCUGGCUAGAAGGGCAUUGAGGGCACUGAAAGGACUAGUGAAACUGCAGGCAUUAGUCAGAGGUCGUAUUGUGAGGAAACAAAGUGCAGAUAUGCUCCGACGUAUGCAAGCCAUGGCUCGAAUCCAGGCUCGAGCUUCUGCUAACCGGACUAUAACUUCAGAUCCUCCUUAUUCCAGCAUCAAAGCUUCACGAUUUGAGCAUCCUGGCAUUGCAACUCCGAGAAAAUAUGAUCCACAACAGUAUUCUUUCAAUUGCAAAUACCAUGGGCCAACCCUGAAGAAAUCUGGUUCUAAAUUGAAUGCACAUGAGAGCUACGGUCAGGAUAGAUCGCAUUUGGCUUCCCAGUGGAUACAUCACUGGAUGGAGGAAUGUGCAACAAAUGGCUACGGAGACAUUUCCCUGCAAAAAGGUGUUGGAGAUCAAGAUGAGAGCACUGACAAGAUACUUGAGAUAGACACAUGGAAACCUCGCCUAAACCCCAAAACAAGUGAGAAAAACUCUCACAAUUCACAUUAUUUUUCAUCUUGGAACGAUAAUGCACAGGGAACGAGAACUGUCAACUCCAUAUCAAGGCAUUUGGCAAACCAUAUGAAACCAAAUCCUAGUAUAUCUUCAGGGGAAGUUUCAUCUUUAAAGUCACUGGCAUUUUGUCAAGAAACUGAGCAGUCAGCGGCGUGGACUGUUGAGCGCAGCCCCGGCGUGCACUCCACAUUGUCCAGACCAGGGAGUAGCAGUAGAAGAGGCCCUUCUCCUUCGAGGAGCGAGUGCUCAAGAAGCUUGUUCGGGGAGUACCCAGGUCACCCCAACUAUAUGUCUAAUACAGAAUCAUACCUUGCAAAACUUAGGUCGCAUAGCGCACCCAGGCAAAGAUUGCAGUUUGAGAAAGUUGGUUCGAGAAAGCAAGUUGAUGGACUUGUGGAUGCAGAUACAAAUUCAGAGAAGAGUUGGAGAUCACUUGGUAACUUUAGGAGCAAAGCAAAACCAGGAUCAGGUCGCUCAGACAGAGUAGGGACACCUGAUCAUCAAGGUGCUGUCCGUUUCAGCUCCCCCUUCGGCUUGAGACAGUAGAGAUGCUUCCUUUGACAAUUGCGAAGCAAUUUAGUCAUGCUGUACAAAUUGUAAUACUAGUAAAAAUCAGUCUUGGUCUCAAUGUGACCAGAGGUAAGUACUUGCCAAGUUGAUGCAAGACUUGUGUCUGUAGAGUGAAAAAUAACGGGUUUGCAGUUAAUUAUCUUGUUUGAUGCUUGUCUAGGUAUGUCUUCUGUUAAUUUGUUAAUGUUGCUUGUUACAACAUUUGAUAAAAUGUACCAUUUUACCGUCACUUGAAAGUUGUGGACUUGUAAAAAUGUUAGUUUUGCA